UUUACUGCAGCCAGCCUGUUGCCAAUAAAGGCAUCAGCAACCAUCCGGGUAAGAAAGCGAAGAAACGUUUUGAACUACACUUCAACUAGCAUCACCAUACAUGAAGUAAGAAAAGAAAUCAGAAAACAGUUUGAACAACUUAUGCCCACCAAAUGCUGUAAGUCAAGUGAGAAGGUCUGUCCUGCAGGUCCCCCCGGAUAUCCUGGUCCCAUUGGAGCGAGGGGACCACGUGGCAGGAGGGGACCCAAGAGAAAGAAAGGUCCUCAAGGUCCAAUGGGACCUCCUGGAAAAUCGGGAAAAACUGGACUAACUGGUCCUGUAGGACCGAGAGGAGAAAAGGGAGACAAAGGAGACCCUGGGUCAAUAGGCAUGCCGGGGCCACCUGGAAGGCCUGGAAAAUCGAUAUCUGCUCCACAAGUGAUGUUGUCGCCAGCAGAGCAGACACGAGAUGAGGGAGGAGACACGGCAUUUUAUUGCACGGUCGCAGGAAGUCCUUCCCCAGUCGUGGAAUGGCAAUUUAUGGGCAGAAAACUUCUCUUAGGUGCAAAGUACUUGAUUAAAGAAGGAGAGUUGAUCGUCAGAAAUUUGAAUUACGGCGAUGCUAGACCGUACACAUGUGCUGCCAGAAACAUUCUCGGAUCGUCCGAGGCCAUUAGUAACUUGACUGUUAGAGGUAAGCGGAACACUGUACUUUUGUUAUAUCUGGCUGCUUGAUUAUGUAGGUCUCUUUGUGCUCUGCUGUUUAAUCGUGUACUUUAUCUCUUCCUUCAUUUUAACUCAUCCAUUUUUCGUAUUUCUUAGAGCCACUAGUCACGUGUUAGUUGAAGUUCAACGCUUAACCUGAGCCGUGCAAACGUACAGAUAUUUUAAGCAAUUAUGUUUAAGAUAAUUAUAACAGAUGACAAUCUUCACCAUGUACGCGAAGGCACACAACACGAUCCUUCCAUCACUGUUCCAUUCCUUCCAAUUUGUCUUUUUCUUGAUCGUUAAUUGAACUACUUCAAUGCAUGACCUUCCUACAUGAUGAAUUCUGAGUUUGUUUCAAGGUGUUUGCUUUAAUUAGUCUUAACCUUCAAUAUCCUACACAAGUGGUACAGACCUCACCUAUCUUUUUGAAUUAAUACGUUUCUUUUGCUCCCUUUUCGGCUAUGUAAUCAAACGUUGCUUAUAACAAAGUUUAUCAAUAACACUUUUAGCGAAAUGUGGAUUUAAGGGCAUGGAGCUUGAAAGGGUUCCCAGAAAAGAAAGGAAUAUAUGCUCUUUAAUUUAUUGUGCGUCCUGUUUAUUUUUCGGCUCUAUUUCAGGUCUUCCAAUCUUCACAAAAGUUCCACCCUCACUUGCCACACCAGUGCAAGGUUCUACGUUUCAAGUAACUUGUCAAGCUGAAGGAUAUCCUCGCCCCGAAAUAAACUGGACUAGAGCAGCAAUGCCUUUACAUGCUGGAAGGACCAGUAUAAACCAAGGCACAUUUACCAUUAACAACUUGAGUCCUGAUGACAGCGGUUUUUAUGAAUGCGUGGCUUCUAAUAUUAUGGGAACAAAGAAGACAAGAAUCAACGUGGCAGUGCAAGUGCGUCGCUUAGGUUUGUAUUGCAGGCACCACAUAUAUCUAAAUCACUGAAAGGCUGCUUUGAGAGUUGGUCAUUGGCGCAAUUGGCACUGACCACUUGGGCAUACAAAACUCACUGCAAUGACCUGCUUAAGUGACUGCCAAAUAAUAAUAUUACUUCCCGAGAGGGUAAUUGCCCAAUGCCCAAAGCAAUCCCCUUGAACAAGGUAUGAAUAGAUUAAACAUUCAGUUUAAUGCCAGUCGUCUAAUCCAUAAACCAUUGCGACCUUUGUUAAACAUCUAAGAUGCAUUGCAAAGAUGUAUCAUAGGUAAUUGUCUAUCUAGUUAGAGUCCUCUUAACUGUACCUUAAAAGUCAAUAAUAGGCCCCCUUCUCUUUUUGAUCCACAUAAUGAUCUUCCAAACUGUUUGAAUACUGGUUCUCCUAGAAUGUACGCGGGUGACACUAACGUUACAUUUUCUGCACCUAGCAUACCUGGUCUCGAAUUACAGAUCAAUACUGAAUUGAAGCAUAUUGAUCUCUGGCUUAAAGCCAACAAUUUAAAUCUCAAUGUCGCCAAACCAGAGUCUAUGAUUAUUAGCUCGGGGCAGAAAUUACAAUCUUUAAAUGACUACACAAUAAAAAUGUAUAACGAUGGCGUCCAACUAAACGAAACAACUCAUAGCAAAUUUAUUGGGCUUACGGACGAUAAUCUCUCUUUUAAGGUCCACCAACAUGACAUUUCAAAAAAGCCUCCUCAAACAUUGGUGCGCUUAAGCGAGUCGAGCCAUUUGUUUCUAUGCACACUGAAGUUAUGAUAUACAAAGGUCUUAUUGAACCACGCUUUGAAUACUGUAAAGCGGUCUGAGGUGGCUUGUGCUACCGUGGUGCUUACUUAUGGAACAAUCUUCCCGAGGAUGUACGUACGCACAGCAAAUUCUUUAGAUCAGAUGACUUUGAGGGAAAAUUCACUCUUGGUUUGCUGAUCAUUCACCCACACGGCAAUCAUGUAAAACAGUUUAUAGAACUUAUUCAUUUGCUAUUAUUAUACGAAUAUUUUAACCACGUAUAAAUAAUUAAAGUUUAUCAUCAUCAUCAUCAUCAUCAUCAUCACGAUCACCAUCAUCAUCAUCUUAUUCUUUACUCAUCAAAGGACGAUGGACACUUUUUCGGAAGCAUAGAUACGUAAGAACUAUACCGCUGUAUCGCAUGGUGAUCAGUUCGAAUCCCACUCAUGACUGGCUUUUUUUUAAACAUCUAAUAUCACAAAAAAAGCAAUGAGAGCUAUAUAUAUAGUCAUUGUGUAUAAGGUGCAUGCUGACAUAAAUUUGCAUUUGAAGACUUGUGUGUUAACUGGAGUUUCAUGCUUAAAAUUUCUUAUUAGCAAAUCAAAUACAUGAAUCGGCACUCUUUCUUUAGUCACUUGCAACGUUACCCGUUUAGCUAAUUCAGCCCUGCAAAUGACAAUAAUCCAGUUGAUGUGAACUUUUUAAACUUUAAUAACCAGCUUGCGAUCUUAGUUAAAUAAGAGUGUUAAAACAUUUUGAAAGAUAGUUUUUCGAAAGUCUAACUUUGCCACAACGAGAACUAUACGGCUAUACCGAAAUAUAUCGCAAGGUGAUCUAUUUGAAGACCGCUUUAUUUCAAUUUUUGUUUUUGUUUUUUCUUUGUUUGUUUGUUUAUUUUUCAGGCAUUCGAAAACCGUCUAAUCACUGCUAAAGCAAGACGAGAGCUACUAUCAUUGCGAGUGUAUGUUGCGCUUACAGAAAUUUGCAACUUAAGACAAUUAUGCGUGUUUACUAGAGUUUCAAUGAUCUUAAAUGCUUAAACUUCCUUAAUAGCGUGCAAAUCACGUACAUGCAUGCAUACAUGACAUCUUUAGUCACUUGCAAUGUUACUCUUUUUCUCAAUAACAUUUUCUUUCUCUCUUUUUCUAACUAACAUUCUAAAAACUUUUUACCUGUCCAUAAAAUAAUUGUUUUCAAUUGUCAUUUUAUGGACGUUGACUUUUAAUACUUAGGUUUUGAAAGCUCAGUCAUUGUGGGAAACAACAGAAAUCACUUAACCUUGUUAAGAAACUGGCUAGCACCUGUGGCAAAAAGCGUGAAUUCUCUCUGGAAACGCUGUUGGCGUGCAUCCGUGGAUGGCUGGGCUGCAAGUACAUUUCACUCACGAUGUGACAGCAAGGGCCCGACUGUGACAAUAAUAAGGGUCGGGAGAUAUAUUUUCGGAGGAUACACAAGUAUUUCAUGGGGUAAGUGAGCAUUGUAAGCCAUGGCAGUGGCAUUAACAGCUUUGCCGUAUAGAAAGGCAUUGGUAUGUUCAGCUAAAAGUGCAGCUUGGUACUAAGCGAUAUGGAAUCAUGUAACUCUACCUUUCAUACAUGGUUAAGCAGUGGCCUCGUUCCUCAAGGGGCGAGGAUCGCCCCUCCUAUACUCACAUGGUGUGAAUGAGCGUCACCCCCCACCCCACUUCUCAAGUUCUGGUUCUGCAGAUGAUAAGUGAUGCAUUUCUAGCCUGUCAAAACGCGCCCAAAUUCCAGGCUAAUACUAUUAUUAUAGUAAUUUUUAGGUUAUAAAGUAUCGAUAUUGUUCUGACUUUCUUGCCACCCGGCUAUCUUCCAUCCCUCAAUUCCAACAUUGCAAAAGAAGCGACCAACGUACUUCAUCACAAGUUUUUGGUGAAAUAAGCAAAUGUCCGCGAGGAAAAACGUAACGCUCUUUUGACAUGUGCACGUACGUGAUACACUGAGAAGAAAGUUCGUUUCAGCGAACUUUCGUAAUUUUGCCAGAGCGGAAAUUCGCCUAGAGUAUUCUUCUCUUCUUGUUCGAACGAACUUAAUAGACUGAAAUGGGUCACAGUAAUACAUAUUUUUUAUAUACCUUUUCAAUAGGAUAAAGGCUCCUAAAACUCUUUAUUGUCUGUUUCCUUUUAUUGUCUUCUUAAUACAGUACAUGCUUUAAAACCGAACGAAGUAUUAAUUUAAUAAAGAGCAUUAUUGCGACAGGCACCAGUUUCAGUUUACAGGUUACUGAGUUUAUAUAUGAAAAAGGAGCUUCUAGCUUAGGCAAAUGGUAAAAAAAGGUAUAUUAAACAAAUAGAUAUGGAGAUUUUCACCAUAAAGUUAUAAAAGAACAUAUCUUAAUUAUUAAUUUCUAGUUUUUUUUCCCCAAUCUGUUGCUUGUAAUUGCAAAUCUUGUUAAAUUAACAUCUCCCACGGGCCGACACCUUAGCUUCGGUACGCUUGCAGCCACCUAAAACUGUACAGUACCGCAAAUGAUCCCCACAUGCGAACCGCAAAUGAUCCUCGACCGUAAAUGGUCCCCAACAUGGAACGCAAAUCAUCCCGUGAAAAAUAGAGGAAUGGAUUCACGGAUCUUAGUUGGAUAUUGGAUGAAGAAUGGAGCUGUUUACAACUUGCGAGGGUAAAAAGGGACCUUUUCUUCUCGUCUUCUAAAGAAAAAGGGAAGGAGUACGCCAAAUCACAGGAAGCGAAUUAAUUCUCUGAAUAUUUAACUUGAACUCUAAGAAUAUUUAACAUCGAUUUUUCUCAGAAGUACUAAUUCUACGUGAUUAACAGCAAGACAUUUGUAUACCUGAGAGCCCUUUACGAAACAAGACGUGAUUUCAAAUAAACAAACGUCAAAAUGCCCCAGAAUUUAUCAAUCUGCACAGGUUUCCGUCUAUUUCCUUUGCUGGAGACAAUUGCCAAGAAUCUAAACGUUCGUUAUCCCGGAAAGCAGGAAUAUCUAUUCAACAUUCAGAUUACGGUAAGCUGGUGGUUAGAGUCUCCAUUAAACAAACUUAUUUAGAGAUUGACCUCAAGACCCACAAAAUUUACGCGCGAAUUCUUUGACCUGUUAACGAAAAUGCACAACGGGAACUGUUAUUUAACUGGAAUAGUGUUACACUCACUUUGAUAAAAAUCAUUAUUUUCUCAGGUUUAUAAUCAGUAUAACCGAUGAUUGAUUUUGAGAAGGUUUUUAUCUAUAUCUAUGUUAAAGUUUUAAGCGUAAUUGUUAAAUAAUAACUCAAGAAGACACUACGAUGCGUAGCUAUUUUCUUGUUUCCUUGAUUUAACAAUGUUUUAAAAUCAGUGUGUUAAAGUUUAGUUCUGGUUAAUGCGUUUAUUUGAAUGAAUAAAGUCUUGAAUGUACUUUUCAUUUACUUUUUAUUAAUGUAUUUAUUUGAGAACCAAAAUUUUUUUCUUUUACUACUUUUUGCAAUAACAAUGAAAUUGACCCUAUGCAGCGAACUUGAGUCCAGCCCAUUCCUACUUUUCGUUUGGGAUUAUUUGCGGUCCAAGUUUGGGAUCAUUUACCGUCGAGGAUCAUUUGUGGUCCAUUUUGGGGAUUAAUUUGCUAUAGCCCUGUACAAAACUUUAUCCUAAGCGGACGAACUGACUGGUCCAAAGAGAAACAACCGCACCGCACUGGACGAAAACUGCAUUUGCACAAAUUUGCUCCUUGCUAAUGCAGUGGAACCUCUAUUAAUACCUUCAGGUUUGCAAAAAUUGCGCAAUGUUUGUUAACAAUUAUUAACAUUCAUCGGUUUCUCUAUACUGUGAUAAAGUUCCAUGAUGUUCAGAAAGCUGUCCAGAGUUCAAUUUCAUUACCUUUCAUUACCAACUUUAAUUUGUUUGUAAAUGCAAAAAGUAACAUAACAGCAAAACAGCAACGAUAAUACGUGCGGUACAUGCACUCUUUCAGUGUUUGUCACAAAUUAGUUGUUUCUUUGAUCGCAGAUGACAAUUAUACGGCCGCAUAUCGGUCUAAUCUACAGUUUAUGGAUUUAUCUUUAUUAAUCGACUAGAGUACGUAUUUCAAGGGUCGUAAUCCAAUACUACUAUUGCCAAUUCAGUCCGGUGUCCGCUUAAUAGAGGUUUUUCACAAUAGAAAUUAGCCAAACACAAGUUAUUUUAGUGUCCACGUCCGCUUAAUAGAGGUGUCCGCUGAAUAGGGGCUCGUUAUAAAGGGAAAUACAAGACGUUAAUUUCGGGACCCAGCGUAAUGUCCGCUUAAUAGAGGGUGUAUGUCCCAAAUUUGUAAAAACGGAGGAGUCAAUCUGGAGCAAAGAUGGUAUUAUUGCCACAUUUUCCUAGGUCAGUAUCUUAUGUAAGACUCCAUAUGUCCCGAAUAUAUAGACUGUUAAUUGUCCAGUUAUUUACAGAUCUUUACAUCCCCUGUUCUUGGUAUGCAAAUGUGGCGACCAUCUUUGCCCCAUAUUUACUUAGACUGCUUGAAGUCCGCCUUUUCUCUUAAAAUCCGUCUAGUUCUCAACUAGCGCGAUUGCAAACCACGGAGUUAUGUUACAAUGAGGGAUUAGGACCAGCGCUUACGCCCUCGUUUAUCGCGGCUCGCGGCUCGCUGCUGCGCCGCUCGCGUGCUUUGGUUUCUCUUGCAGUAACUUUGCAAAGAAAAAUAAGAGACUGCUUGCAGUCUAGUAGUAGGGCUUCAGCAAACUUAACCCCCGUUGGUGGAUUCCCUUUGGAUUCCCUCGCAGAAAGUGGAUUCCCUUAAUUAAUAGGCAUAUUGGUCUAGUCAAUGACGUCACCCAUUGUUAUAACCUAGGGAAAAAAUGGGUUCCUCCAUACUAAUUAAGUGUCUUCCUCCAUAUAUAAUGAAGUGGAUAGGUUUACUAAUGAGCGUCACUCUACUACAAUAGGAACAAUAGGCUUGCCUAGACUUGCCCGUGAAGUAACUUGAGCUCGGUUUCGGACAGUCUAUUAAAAGGAAAAUAGGAAUAAGAGAAGCGAUCACCUAGCAACGCGAGAAACGGCUUCCUAUAUCUUAUUUAGCGCUAAAACUCAGAUAUACAUAAACAAAACACAUACAGAAAGUGGAGUUGAAAAGUCUUUAUUUCCGUUUAGUUUAUGUCUUCUUAUUGAGCUCUAAAACUCGAAUAUAUAUAAACAAAAUACACAAAUUAGAACUGAAAACUCUAUUUCAAUUUUGUCUGACGUUUUCUCCUUUCUAUCUCGAGGAAAUGAAAGUCUUGUCAUUUUCACGCACGGUUAAUCAGUUAAUUAUGCGAGUUCACGAGUUGAAUACAAAUUAGCUCUACAGGAAAGACCCAAGGGAGAGAAUCUUGACGUAUUAUUAUAAAACAAAUAACUUAACAAGGAUCAAUUAAAACACGCGACUCAUAUUUGCUAGCAAUAAAAACACAAGAGAGAUACCGUUUUAAAAAACUUUAUUAAAAACCAGUGACAAAAAGAGUCAAAUACACAGGAAUGGAAAUUAAUUAAUCUUCAUCUUCGUUCUCCUCUGUAGAAGGGGAAUAGAAAUUGGUUUCCAACGUCUUCGCGUUUUUGUGUGUAACUGCUCCGCAAUCGUGACAUCGAAGAAAGCCCUCUUUCAUGUAAUGUCUCCCCUCGGGAAUCUGGUGAUCGCAUAUAGGACAAAUCUUGUAGUAAUCGUGCCAAAGGCAUUUAGGACAUUUCAUGAUCAACGUCCCGUACACAUUAGAGUUCUCGCAGUGUUCACAGGGACUUUUGGAGUGAAAGGUGGUGGACGUUUCAGGGUUACUACUUUCUAUCUCCUGACUGUCGUUUUCAGUGUCGUUGUCGCUCUCUUGGGUGUCUUCCGCUUCAAUGUCAUUCUCAGAAGCCACUUCUUCCUCCUGAUUUUCAAUAUGCGAUGAACUCUCCUCAUUAUUACUCUCGUUAUCGGAAGUAUUUUCUACAUUUUGGUAGCCUUUUUCCUUUUCUAUUAAAUCACUUAACAACUUUUUGUUCUUGAUUAAACCUUUAUCGAUUCCUAACUCUGCAAGUCCAUCUAGAAACGUAUUCAGCGCACGAGGUUUGGUAACCUCAUUGUUAUAAGGGAGUAACACAUACUCAACUAGCUCAGCGAUGUUUGUGACGGGAAUAGUGCGUUUAUUUCGAAGUAAUUGUCCGCUGGGGGUCCAGAAAAGAAUAUCUUUGGACGCAGCCAUACUAUGCAGCAAAUCAGAAGCACGCUUUUCCGGCACUGCUCGGGAAAGAUGACUCAAAACAUCUUUUAUUCUCGGUUCUUCUUUUAUUCUUGGUUCUUCAUCCUCGCUUUCAUCACCAGAACUUUCGCUUUCUUCAUGUUCACUCUCUUGUUCUUCUUCUUCAACCAAAUCUAUCUUUCUUUUCAUUUUGAUGAGUACUCGUGACAAACUUAGCUUCGAAUGAGCAACCUAGCGAUGUGUCACCUCUUUUAUAGCAUUAGAAAUCCUAAGCUUGAAACGACAGGGGCUAAUAAAUCUUCAAUAAAACCACUACCCUCUUGAACAAGGACUCGCUUCUUUGUUUUGAAAGGGACAUUUGUACUGGCCAGGUUAAGUAAAGCAUCCUUAUAUGGCAGCAAUACCCGCUUAUUUUCUUCGGAGAUGGGAAUGUGUCCCAUGAGUAAAUUGUAUAAGACUUGGACUAGUGCAUGAAGUUGCUGUGGUGUAGCUGUCUUUAAAAGAAACUGGCGCUGAUAAGCAGGGCAAGCAGCUAACAGCUGAAGAAAACCACGAUUGUUGUUCACUACACGAGACAUUGCUACAAAAUGAACUAAGAAUGGCAGUUGGUGGUCUUUUAUAGAAUCUGGUGGAAGGAAAAACAAUAGAAAUGUGGUGGUGGUGGUGGUGGUGGUGGUGGUGGUGGAGGGAAAACAAUAGAAAUGUGGUGGCGGUGGUGGUGGUGGAGGGAAAACAAUAGAAAUGUGGUGGUGGUGGUGGUGGUGGUGGUGGAGGGAAAACAAUAGAAAUGUGGUGGUGGUAGUGGUGGUGGUGGUGGUGGUGGAGGGAAAACAAUAGAAAUGUGGUGGUGGUGGUGGUGGUGGAGGGAAAACAAUAGAAAUGUGGUGGUGGUGGUGGGAAAACAAUAGAAAUGUGGUGGUGGUGGUGGUGGUGGUGGUGGUGGAGGGAAAACAAUAGAAAUGUGGUGGUGGUGGUGGUGGUGGUGGUGGAGGUGGAGGGAAAACAAUAGAAAUGUGGUGGCGGUGGUGGUGGUGGAGGUGGUGGAGGGAAAACAAUAGAAAUGUGGUGGUGGUGGUGGUGGUGGUGGUGGUGGAGGGAAAACAAUAGAAAUGUGGUGGCGGUGGUGGUGGUGGAGGGAAAACAAUAGAAAUGUGGUGGCGGUGAUGGUGGUGGUCUUGGGUGAGGAAAACAAUAGAAUCUUGUGGUCUGAAAAACUACAUAAAUGCGUAACAUUCUACCUCCUUCUCAGUCUACAUUUUGCUCCUGAGGAGUUGACAUGAGUUGGUUCUGUUCUGUCUGCGAAAAAUCCUUUAGUAGAAAAGAUAGUAUGCAAAGGCACGUGAUGUCUAAACACCGCAAUGCUGGUCUCACCCCAUUUCAAACAGUUCCAAUAUUUUCACAGAAAUGUCAGCGGUUUCGCUUCGAGCAUCCUUUCACCUCCAUGAUUGCCGGAAUGACCGGUUCCGGAAAAACGGCCUGGGUUCGAUCGCUAUUGCAACAAGCUUCAGAGACCAUUUAUCCUUCCCCGGAGAGGAUCGUUUGGUGUUAUUCACAAUGGCAGCCUGCGUAUACACAAAUGUUAGUCGCCAUGCCAAACAUUGAAUUCGUCAAGGGAAUUCCUACGGCUUUGGAGCAAGAUUCCUAUUUUGAUGUGAACAAACGGAAUCUGAUCGUGUUUGAUGAUCAGAUGAUUGACGCCAGUAAAGACAAGCGGAUUGUGAACCUUUUUACUCGUGGUUCUCAUCAUCGCAAUCUGAGCGUGAUUUAUAUCGUGCAGAAUCUAUUUCAUCAGGGGAAAGGUAGUCGCAGCAUAAGCCUAAACAGCCAUUAUCUGGUGUUAUUCAAGAAUCCACGAGACAAAUUGCAAAUCCUGACUCUGGCGAAGCAAAUGUAUCCCGGGCAGACGGAUUUCUUUUUAAAUCAGUACGAAGAGGCUGUAAAAAGACCUUUUGGUUAUCUGUUGAUUGAUCUGAAAACUACUACCCAAGAUAAUUGUCGACUGCGAACAAACGUCCUGCCCAGUGAAGAAGGCUUUAACCAAGCAGGGUUUCAAGAAAAUAUUCCUCAAGAGCUUCUAAAAUAUCUGAAGCAGCAAAAUCUUUCACCUGUCCCACUUCUUCCAGCUAUGCAAGAAAUACAAGACAACAUGGAUGACGUGCUUUCUCGAAACGAUCUUCGGGACGAAGAAAAAGCUAAACGAUACCUUCACUUGCAAAACAGAUACCUGGCUUUUAAAGAACAAUUAAGUACAAGAACACGACCGGAAGAAAUAAUCAGCACUGUUCCAGACUUAACAUCAAGGACACAAGAUUCUUCGACAGCAACGACAGCAUUCUCGACUCCCCUCAACCUCUUUAAUGUAACACCUGAAUUAACACAAGCGGCUAUCUCUCAAAAACCUGACAAAGAAAGCCUCACCCGUCCACCACCCUUAAAUCCUGCUUUCCUGACCCCUCCUCCUACAGUAGAAACCCCAUCACCACAAGGCCCGAAGCGCAAAAGGCGUCGGAUUCAAUUUGUAAAUUAUUUGGAUGAUCAUAAAUCUCAUGGCAAACAGCUGAAGAAACGUCGGCAUAAGAAAUUCAAACCUUACAAGUACUCCAUGGGCGAAGAUGAAGAUUAAUUAAUUUCCAUUCCUGUGUAUUUGACUCUUUUUGUCACUGGUUUUUAAUAAAGUUUUUUAAAACGGUAUCUCUCUUGUGUUUUUAUUGCUAGCAAAUAUGAGUCGCGUGUUUUAAUUGAUCCUUGUUAAGUUAUUUGUUUUAUAAUAAUACGUCAAGAUUCUCUCCCUUGGGUCUUUCCUGUAGAGCUAAUUUGUAUUCAACUCGUGAACUCGCAUAAUUAACUGAUUAACCGUGCGUGAAAAUGACUUUAAUAGUUUUUCAUUUCCUCGAGAUAGAAAGGAGAAAACGUCAGACAAAAUUGAAAUAGAGUUUUCAGUUCUAAUUUGUGUAUUUUGUUUAUAUAUAUUCGAGUUUUAGAGCUCAAUAAGAAGACAUAAACUAAACGGAAAUAAAGACUUUUCAACUCCACUUUCUGUAUGUGUUUUGUUUAUGUAUAUCUGAGUUUUAGCGCUAAAUAAGAUAUAGGAAGCCGUUUCUCGCGUUGCUAGGUGAUCGCUUCUCUUAUUCCUAUUUUCCUUUUAAUAGACUGUCCGAAACCGAGCUCAAGUUACUUCACGGGCAAGUCUAGGCAAGCCUAUUGUUCCUAUUGUAGUAGAGUGACGCUCAUUAGUAAACCUAUCCACUUCAUUAUAUAUGGAGGAAGACACUUAAUUAGUAUGGAGGAACCCAUUUUUUCCCUAGGUUAUAACAAUGGGUGACGUCAUUGACUAGACCAAUAUGCCUAUUAAUUAAGGGAAUCCACUUUCUGCGAGGGAAUCCAAAGGGAAUCCACCAACGGGGGUUAAGUUUGCUGAAGCCCUACUACUCAGUCUAUAUUUACUCCUCAGUUUUUACAACUUGUGAGAUAUAUAGAAAGGAGCAAAUUUGGACAAAUCCAUUUUUUCCCCUAGUGCCGCUAAAGAGGGGUUUUAUUGAAUGUAAUAAGAUGAGGCAAAUAAAACACAAAACUACACACAUAGGUUUUGGGCUGUUUUAGCAGCACUCAAUAUCUAUUUUUGUUCCAUUAGUUUUAUAUUUAGACGCCCCAGUGGGUUUAAUUGUUUUUAAUUGCAUUUUGUUUGUUUUGGUCUGAUGUCUUUGGACUUAUUCUUGCCACUAGUAUAGCUGUAUCUUUUACGAAAAUACCUACACGUAAAUAAUAAUACAAUAAAAUAAUAAUAAUAAUAAUAAUAAUAAUGAUAAAGGAAAGAUUGAAACUGAAAAUUUCGUUUUUGAUAUAUGACGUUCAUUAGUCAAGAGCAACUCGAUCGAAUUUGUGUUAUUAGAAUAAGGUCUUUUUUGUUUUUAAUUAAUAAUAAUAAUCACCGUCGUCCUCAUCAUCAUGACAGGCACAAGGACAAGGUCGUUAACUUAUCUUAGAAAAGUUUUGUUUCAUUUCUUUUAGCUUCUGGUUCUGGCCGGUAUCAAUACGACUCAAAAGCCUUCUUAUUUUCGCUGGUAAACAAGCCAGGAUGGGCGCCUGUCAAAUUGUCUCAGUCAGGGCAAUAUAGUUCUAGCAAAGAUUCCAUAUACUUUUACUCAUCCUAUGGGCCUACAUUCGGAGGAGGACAUGACAUUACCAUCAGAAACUACGCGUCAUCUAAUAGCAAUUCUUACAGCAACCUUGGCUGGACUUACAACCCACCGAGCGGGUACAGCUACCGCAGCACCUUCGCACGUACAUUCCUGGCAGGAACUUACAAGUUCACACCAGACGAAGUUGAAACCUUUUACGAAACAACCUAA